AUGAGUUCGAGUCGGAAUGCCAAAGCUACGAUCUCAGAAGACGGCUCCUUAGCUCACGAAUCCCACGACGCAUCACCUUCACCACAGCAGCCCCGUGAUGGUCCCUCAAAGCGCUCGCUCCGAGGUCGCUCGGGAUGUUUGAACUGUCGACGACGACGAAAGAAAUGUGACGAGUCUAAGCCAAGCUGCGCCAAAUGCGAGCGGCUGGGUGAAGAGUGUGAAUGGGACUCGGGUCUGAGUUUUCGCUUCACUUCGCUUGAAGCUGAUCAUCCCAGCAUGAUAGCCGGGCAGAAGAUUGCAGCUACGGCCCCGUCACUGCAAAUGGUUGACGUCGUCUUUGAUCUGGAUACUCAUGAGUGCAAGGAAUUUCUCAAUGCCCAACAUCAUGUCACUUUUCAGACACCACUUCAUCCUAGCGACGAUCCCAUGUCAACUGGUAGUCUUCCUGUCAUACGCGAAGAUGACCAUCUCUUAUCAUUUUCUCUGCCCGAACUCGACUCUUUGGAUUAUCUCACCAACCGCGACGCUUUCCCAACCUUUGGGGACUCCUUGUGGCCUACGAUGAGCAACGAGGAAACCAACGCUCUCAUGGAAGUGGAUCAUGUCCCUGCCGAAUCACCAGACAUUUAUGCCAUGUACUAUCCCAAUGCAACAUAUCGAGAGCUGCAUACGACUUUAUACAAUCACAUGGUCGAUACAGCCCGUGGCACUGGUCUCACACGAACAGGCACGCCCGAGUCUGAUGAUUCUCAGCACAGCAUGACUGUACGCCGUGAGAUGGAGCUCUGGCGUAAUUACCUUGACGAAAUAGCUCUAUGGCUGGAUAUGUUUGACAAUGAUCGUCACUUCCAGAUCCAUUUACCAAUCCUGGCACAAAACUCCGAACCACUAAGACUAUCAGUACUGGCGCUUUCUGCAAGGCAAAUCGAAAGGAGAGAUCCAGAUAAACCUUAUACAGAGAGUUUGGCAUUGUAUCAAGAAGCAAUCCGAUUGAUUGCUGGAGAACUGGAAAGUAUGAGUACAGAGGUUAUUGGAAGUUGUGUCUUGCUUUGCGUGUUGGAGAUGAUGAGCUCUUCUCCAAAAGAUUGGGCACGACAUCUCAAUGGUGCGGCCAUGCUGCUCAAGGCUGCGGGCAUCAACGGCGUUGUGGGAGGCAUACGACAAGCCAUUUUCUGGUGUUUCGCCCGCAUGGAUAUGUGGGGUGGAUUCCUCUCCGAUUCUUAUACCAAGAUACCGACGAGUUUGUGGUUUCUGCCUACAGGCACAAUGUCGACAGCCAUUUCGAAGUUCAAGACGGAUUUUCAGAACUUCGACAGCUAUGCGAACUAUUCGCUCUUUCUCUGCGCCAGUGUACUUGACGUUGUGUCGAGACGUGGCAGCGCCAACGAACGCGGAAGCACUUUCAGCGCUAAGUGGAAGGCGCUGUUCGAUCUCCUCGUCGAUUGGAACACCAACAGACCAGCAGAGAUGCGGCCUCUGGCAUCGCGCGCCUGUGACAACGACGACGAAGGAGCGUUCCCUGUCGUGAUCUUCACAAACGCCGCGGCCGUCAGUGCAAAUCAACUCUACCACACUGCCACUUUGCUCAUGCUGCAGGCCAAACCAAACGAUCUCAGAGUCAGGGGUCAGAGGAGUAUCUUCUGGCAUGCGAGACAGGUCAUCGGGAUUUCAGUGAGCAAUCUGCUGCAUGCUGCAUGGACAAAUGCACCACAGCCAUUGUAUAUCGCUGGCAAAGUCAUGUCGAGUAAAGCCGAACAUCGUGUCGUGCUAGAAGCACUAGCAGAAAUCGAGAGGACGACUGGAUUCGCUACCCAAUGGCGAGCGCAAGAUUUGAAAGAAUACUGGGGCGAUGAAGGAGGCUGA